AUGUCCUUCCAACGACAGAACAGCACCGAGAAGUCUCCCCUCGACGAGAAGGACGGCGGCUCCGUGGAUGUGCGGGACAACAGCUCGAGCCAGGGCUCGGAGCCCGCCCUGGGGUAUGCCGCCGGCUCGCCAUCGAAGCCUAAGUUGCCCUAUUCAUGGCAGCUGGCGAUGAUCGUGUUGACGUGCUUGUGCACAUUCGGCAACCACUGGUCGAAUGGUCUCAUUGUGUCUCUCAAGACCACUAUCAUCAAGGAGACGCACAUCAACAACUCGCAGUUUGCGACCUUGGUCGCCGUCACUAACCUUGUCAACACCUUCUUAUGCAUCGGGCUCGGCUUCUACAUCGACAAGUUCGGCGGUGCGCUGAUGUCCGUGAUCCUCGCGGGCUUCCAUCUCUCUGGCGCAAUGGUCAUGUCCGGGGCGGCGACGAACCACCUCAACAGCUACCCGCUGCUCAUCGUCGGCAAGGUCCUCGCCGCUAUUGGUGACGGAUCCCUCGAUAACGCCCAGCACCGGAUCUUCUCGACGUACUUCGCACCUGGGAGAGGCUUCGCGUUCUCCAUCGGCGCGAUCUGGUGUGUCGCCAACCUUGCGCAGUUCACCGGCCAGUCCACCGCGAACAUUAUCGCGACAAACCUCGGGACGUACGCUUGGGCGCUCUGGAUCAGCUCCGUCAUCGCCGGGUUCUCGUUCGCGUGCGCGAUCACCGUGUUCUUCCUCGACCGCUACCUCCGCGCGCGCUACGACGUCACCGACCAGACGAACGGUCGCCGCCACACGGGCGCGGUUCGCCGCGGCACGUUCAACCUUAAGGCGAUCCGGCACCUGCCUAUGACCUUCUGGCUGGUCGUUGCGUUCGCCGUCUUCGAGAACGCCGGCGUGCAGUCGUUUGUGUCGAUCUCGACGCAAUUCGCGCAGCAGCGGCUGAAGAAGGGCGCUGUCAUCGGCGGCUGGGUCUCAAGUUUCUACCUGCUCCUCCCUGCCGGCCUGACACCGUUCCUGGGCAUCUACAUUGAUGUCUACGGAAAGCGCAUCGGCUUCCUGUUCCUCUCCGGUCUGACGUUCCUCAUCUCUAUGCUGCUGCUUAAGUUCUCUCACACUGUACCGACGUUCGUCGCUGCAUAUGUCUUCUACGCGCUCUCGCAGGCUGUCACACCCGCACCUCAAGUGGAGAUCAUCCGGAGCAUCAUCCCUGACCCAGAGUAUUUCGCUACUGGCUUCGCCAUCAAGAAGUCCGUCGUCCAAGCCUCCAUCGUGAUCAUCACCACCGCCGCCGGUCGCCUGCAGGACCUCUCGCCCACGGACUCGCUCGACCCCGCCGUCUCGCUCUGGCUCUCGUACGCCUUCAUCUCCGUCGCGAUCUCCGGCUUCAUGCUCGUCAUGUCCUACGCCGCGCCCAACACGCUCCCCGCCGCGCGCCUCUCGCAGGUCGCCCCAGGCGACCUCCCCGCGGAGGUCGACAAGCUGGCGCGCGCGCGCGGGCUCGUCGUGGCGAAGCCGGACGCGGACGAGACCGCGGACGGCGAGACGGAGCUGAAGCGCAAGGAGCGCGCGCUCAAGGCGCCCGUGCGCGAGAACACGGUGCUCAGCUGGGCGUACCUCGCCAUCGGCCUCGGCAUCAUCUUCAUCGGCUGGAUCAUGUUCGGGCUCGGGGUCAACUGGGGCGUGCACGGCAGCGUCAUCGCCGGCACUGUGGGCGAGUGA